GCACGAAACCCGGGUCCAGGGUUCCCUGUCGACUACCUCCAACCACCAUCUAAUCUCAAUAUAUAAUGCCCGCAGUGUCGAGUCACCUACCUAGACUGAUGACCACAUUGCAACAUGGUCGAUAGCAUUCGAUCUGCACUGAAUAAGAACUAGACACGCAUGAUCAGUCAAUUGUGAUUAGAUUACAUAGUUUACCUUAUUCUUAUUCUUCUUUAUUAUUUUAUAGGUAAGACUUGUGAAUGGGUAGACGUUUUAUCUGUGAUUAUUGUGACAAAUCAUUUCCAGAUAAUCCAAUUAAUCGAAGAAAUCAUCUUAAAGGUGUACAACAUCAACAAGCUCGAAAAUUACAUUAUGAUAAAUUUCUUGAUCCUAAAGAAAAACUUAGUAUAGAGAAAGCAAAGAAACCAUGUAUAACAUUUCGUAAUUCUAGUACAUGCACUUAUGGUCCAUUAUGUAAAUAUUCUCAUAUAACCAUCGAAGAGAUUCGUAUAUUAGAAGAGAAAUCUAGUAAGAUAAUAAUAGUUUUGUUUAUUUAUCAAAAUUUAGAUGCUGAACUUCUUGCUUCAUCUUACUUAAAUCAUUUAACAUCUGAAGUGAAUAUUGAUAAUCAAAUUAAUAUAUUAGAAUCAAAAUUAAUAUCUAGGCGUGAUAAACAAUCAAAUUCUGGAUCAACUAAACAAUUUCAUAUUCCAGAAGGAAUACAACUAUUAUAUCUACCUCCGUCAUUGUCUUUACAUUAAAUAUUCCAGAUAGAUGCCUGAUUUUUAUCUUUCAAAGGAUUUGUGUAUAUCGAAAAUUCAUUUGAGGAUUCCACGUGUUUCUAUAGUGAGGUUUUAAUUGAUAGACAAACCAAUCAGAUUUCAAAUAAAGAGUUAUAGAUUUUAGCAUCAACUUCUGACUUCUCACACUAAUUCAUAAACCUAUUUAGACCUUUUUAAGUUGGUGCAAUCUCUCAAGGUCACUAUGACAUCACUCAAAGGUUGUCUAUAAAUUCUAACUCCACUUUAUGGGACUUCUCUGACGGUUAAAGGAUUUCUGUAUAUUUACGCUAUGGAAAAUAAAGUACUUAUUACUUUUUAGGCUGUUUGG